AUGGCCAACUUAUGGAGAGACGCGGUGCCCACGACCACCACAAACUCCUAUGUCGGGCCCAUUGGGAUCGAGACGAUAGUGGGGACCUCAUCUUUCUCCGGAUCUGGUAACGCGGCGUCUACAAUAACCACAUUCCCGACAUCCACGACCACAGCAUCCGAGUGUGCCGAGUACUUUGUCCCAGCAGGUUCACUUCUCUUCUACAAUACAGAUAAACAAGCCAUCAUGACCAUCCAAAUUGCAUCUAGCGGACUCUACUACCCAGCAUGUCGUGCAGCCGAAGAUGACAGUACCUAUGAAGCUCUUAUUGGGUCUUCGUACCUCGUCUAUCAAGAACCCUUUUACGGGAGCGUCAUCCCUAUAGCCUACUCAUUAGCAGCAACCACCGUCAUGGCCUGGUUGCUGCUCAUUCUACUAUUCAUAGCACAGAAAAAGAGACCAUGGUUCCAGAAGUUUGCUACUCUUUUUGUGGCUGUCUCGCUCACCGUGUUUCUCGCACAAGCAACACAUGUGCUUGAAAAUCAAUACUACAAGGGAUACCAUGAUGCCUCCGAGCUACGCACUGCUGUUUUUGGAGGUCUUCCGUUCCGCAUCUUGGAAGUCUUUAUGACUCUCAUUGUGUGGAUGGCCCAUCUUCAGGUCCUCCUGCGACUCUUUGAGCGGCCUAAAGAACGACGUAUCAUCCGCAUCAUUGGAGCCAUUUUGGCCAUUUGUGAUACCCUUCUCUGGUGCCUUGUCAACUUCUUUGUCCCCAACCAUUCUCACAAUGCUACAAUUAAAGAUGUCAUUCCAGUCCUUGCAUACCUUUUCCAAAUUACUCUAUCGGUAGUCUACGCUCUAGCCGUUGUCAUAUACUCGGUACGUAAGCGUCGCUUUGCAUAUUCACAUAAAAAACAUGACCAGCCUGCAGGGCUCAUUGUUGCCAUCAUCUCCCUUUCAGCAGUGUCUUUGCCCUUGAUAUUUUUUAUCAUGGACAUUGCACAGUACUGGCUCACCGGAUGGUCAGAGUUUAUCCGUUGGGUUACAGACAUUGCUGCGUCUAUUGUGCUAUGGGAGUGGGUCGACGUUAUUGAAAAGCAAGAACGAGAAGAACAAAAAAAUGGCGUGUUAGGUCGCCAGAUAUUUGAAGAAGAUGACCCGGAAUUUUACCAAGUACGGUUCGAUACUGAUGACAAGAAAAUAACAGUCAUGUCUAAAAAGAAAAAAGACAGUCAAAGAAAACGUUCAGGUGUCGUUAAAAGAAGUGCACCAAGAUCUUGGGCACGCAAAUUUUCACGCAACAGACAAGAAACAGCUCCUCUAUCAUCGCCGUCUUUGGAUUCCAGUGAUGACGAUACCGACGAUGACGAUGGAAGUAAUAAUUUUGAAAUGGUGAGCCUGACACAUAGUGGACAUAGGCGGCAGCAAAGCUCCGGCAGAAACUCAAGCCCUCAUAGUGCAACAAGUAGCCGAACAGUCACUCCAUCAAUUACAGUCCCCGCGGGGCAGGCCUCGCACGAUAAUGACGAGACUGGAGAGGUUGAUGGAGGGGUACAAGGAACAGCAAAUGUUCCAACAGGCACAGAAACUCCUCAGGGAGUACAAUCACGCAACUCCAGACCUAAAGAGACAGAAACUCCGAACAAAACAAAGUACGUUUCUGGUGGUGCAAUCAAUGGUGGCGGGUCGCAUAGCGCUACAAGCAAAUACUGGCCGUUUUCCAUGUUUUUCCGAAAUCCGCGCGGGUGGACAUUUAGUCGCGCUUCAUCAACAGCCAGCUCAUCAACAUCAUACGGAGCACAGGUAUACAUUCAUUCAAACAAUAAUACUGCUGCUGCUGCUGCUGCUGCUGGUGCUGCUGGUGCUGCUGGUGCUGCUGCUGCUGGUGCUGCUGGUGCUCAUCAUCAUGGACAAAUGCACCAGCACCCGCCGACCUUGGCCGUGACGCAGCCCCACGAAGAAGAAAAUGUGGCUACACUCGCGCGCAACCAUGGACCAGCAGCAGGAAUAGCAGGGAUGUCGCCAGCACCAUCGCCAGAUACUCAUAUGCAUUCACACAACCUUCUGCAAACGCAUAUUGUCCAAACACAUCCAUACCUCAAUUGGCACGAUAAUGGGUCGUUACCAAUGUCGGCUCAUGAGCACAAUAGUCUUACGAGUGAGGGCGGUUCCGGUAUUGCUGGAAUGCCUAUAGCUACUACAAUGAACGCAGCUACACAUGGUGGAGUACUUGGUGGAGCAGCAGCAGCAGUAGCCACGUCGUCAGUAACAUCAUCUGCUUCGCCAAUGUCUGUCCGUGCAUCACUGGCCCCCUCGCCACUCAGCAUGCAAUCUUCGUCACCGCUCAGCAUAGAUGCCGCUGGCGCAAGUGCUGGCGCCAGUAUUGUAAGCAACACGGGGACGUCAUGCAAUGGGGCGAGCACCAGCAGUAGUGGGAAUACCAAUAAUGGAGCAAGUUUAAGCGCAGGUGCUAAUGGUCCCAAGAUUGUGCAGCCGGGUACGACAUCCGACACCAUGACGAGGUACGUAUACCCGCUGCGUCGCAAUGCGAGGUCUACGAAAAGUAAUAAUGGGGGUGCGGCGACAGCAACAGCUACGGCUACAGCUACAACUACAAUUACAACUACUACACCAGCGACAGUUGUGGCCAACACUAGUGCUAGUACGAGUUUCGCGGGGAACGGUGCCGGUGCGGCUGGCGUUGCUAAUUUGGCGAACGUUCGAGCUAGUGCUGGGGGUUCACCAGCCGGCAGCGCAAACGGCAACGGCAACAGCGGGCUUGCAAGUGCCCAUGAAAGCGUGCACCAUUUGCAGCUUCUCCACACAGACCACGGGCCAUUACCUGGAAUUCGCGAGGGCCAAGUGUUGUCGUCGAGGAUGUAUACGGGAGCACCACCACCGUUUGAAGGUCAUGGAACUAUUGGAGGGGCUGCAGGAAGUUCUACAGUCAUUGAUGAAGCUGACUUUGAUGACUACGAUGACGAUAUGUAUGUUCCUGUGGGACCUGGCGUGAAUGGAAGUUUAGGUGGAGUAGCAGCAUCACCAUCAGCAUCAGUACCUCAGGAAAUGCCGCCUGGGUUUGAGCCAUUGCCUGGGUUUAGUGCUGAAGAUUAUUGGGACGAUAAAGGUGGCUUCCCGCAAUCAGCUUCAAUGCCCUCAUCGUCGACGGGUCCUGGUAGCAAUGCCGGGUCUGGGUCUGGGUCUGGGUCUGGGUCUGGGUCUGGGUCGUCGGCAGGCCGCGAUCAUUGA